AUGUAUCCACCUUCCAUGGCCAGACCGGCCGCAAGCAAGAGUGAGAAUAUCGACUACACGAAACGCUUUAGUGAGCUAUACUUCGGCUACGCAAGCAAUCUCGCACAUUCUUCCAUCAAAGGUCGCUGUCCAGACUCCUUGUUCUGCGGGUUAGCACGUCUAGAAGACUAUAAAUGGCACAUCAAUGACACAGGAUUUGGAAAUAUCGUUCCAUCGAAAGGUGAUCAUGUCUACGGCGCUUUGGUUUUCCUCUCGCCACGAGAUGAGGCCGGAUUGGACGAGAGUGAAGGGGUGCCGUGGCUGUACCAGAAGCAUUCGCUCGAGGUGGAGAGAAUCAACGCGGAUGGUAGUGCUUCGGGACAGAAGGUACAGGUUACGACCUAUGUCGAUGUGGAGAGGACGGAGGACGGAGUGAUUGAUCGAGGUUACGUGGUCUGGAUCGUGAAAGCUAUUCGUGAGGCGUCGGCCAUUGGAAUGCCCAAGGAGUAUGUCGAGAAGUAUCUCAGGCCGUGGUUGCCAGAGUCGACGGAAGAGGAGGAGAAUCAGGAGAUCGUCAUGGUGCGAGUAAUGCGUUCGAAGGAUGCUGUGGCUGCUAAGCCUGAGAGCAAAGCGCUUGGUGAUGCUUGA